GUUCUGACAUGCAGACAUACACACUGUGACGCAGACACGCAGCAGGACGUUACGUACACAUGGGGACACACCCGUCUACAGUCCAGUAAGGAAAAUAAAAGAAUGAGACGUGUGAGCUGAGGGCUGAAGUUAUUCUCCACCAAUCUGGAACAGAGUUCCAUUACAGAGACACACUGCAGCAGACAUUACGGAUCCAUAACCAGCUUCAAGACUUCUAAAGGAUGAAGAACCUUAAACUUCUCAUCCUCUCUCUCUCCAUCUGCCUGUUGCUGGGCAACCUGGGGGUGAGUGGCUACAGUAAUGUCGAACCCUGUCAACGGUCCCGAUGCAAUAACUGCCAUGAAAAGUUCCUAUACCGGCAUGUGCGUCCAAAUACCCCGCUAACGACGGACCGCAACGCGUGGGAGAAGUAUCUACGUGAACAAAAUGACUGCUCAAGACCCACGCAGUCCUUCCUCCAUCCCAAAGACCGGGAGAGGGUGGACGCGGUCUGCUCCAGCUCUGGGGGAAAGAGGUACCAGGGGAACCUGUGCAUCAGCCAAAGCCCGUUCACAUUUCUAACAGUGAGGAGUGAGACUGGGACCUGCGGUGUGUCCAGCGUGCGGGAAGAGACCAAGCAUUUGAUCCUGGCAUGUGAGGUGCUGGAGAACAGGUGUGUGCCCGUCCACUUCGAGGGGAACCGCGAGGGGAGCAAGCCCGACAAUAACGCUGCAGGAUGUGGCAGCACGGAGAAAGGGAAGGGCUCAAGCUUCAAAGUAUCAGGAAUGUGGCUGGCAUCUUCAUUGAUACUCAUGUUUCUCUCACAACUCCUUUUCUGAACAGUUAAUGGGGAGGAGGGGGUGGGGGGUGGGGGGUGGGGGGCAGAUAGUCAAACAAUACAUCAAAAGGAAGUUUGUUUUAAACUGUCUGUCCUACACUCUAAAAAGUGUCUGUCCUACACUCUAAAAAGUGUCUGUCCUACACUCUAAAAACUGUCUGUCCUACACUCUAAAAAGUGUCUGUCCUACACUCUAAAAACUGUCUGUCCUACACUCUAAAAAGUGUCUGUCCUACACUCUAAAAAGUGUCUGUCCUACACUCUAAAAAGUGUCUGUCCUACACUCUAAAAAGAAAAUGUUCCUGGAGUAUCCUUUAGGGGUUCUUCAAAUGUAAUGUGUGGGUGAACUGCUAUGAGUUCUUCAAAGAACCCCUUUUAAUGGAUCCUCAGAGAAGCUUUUGAAGAACCUUUGGGGUACAUUUUUUGAACGACCCCUCUCCCCUAUUAUUAAUAAAGGUAAUAACAAAAACAACAAUAACACAAUAUUUUAUUGUUCUCAGUGUUUAUUAUGAUUGUAGUGGUAAAAGCAGAAUAAUAAAAUCUAAAUAUGAUGUAAACUCCCA